GUCCCUUAAAUGGAAAAAAAAGGGGAGACCUACGUCGUCUGCUUUAUAAUUAAUUUGUAACCAAUAGCAACUCGCUGUUUAUCUAUGUGUGUGGAAUUUUUACCUAGGCUUCGGAAUGUCUCAUCCAACCUUGAUAACACGUGAAUUGAUUCGCAAAAGAGCUGAGCAUAAUGAGGGAGAAAUUUUUUCCCUUGAAGAAAUUGCCCUCCACCAGCAAAACAUAUGCAAAAUCGAGCACAUUGACUUCUGGUGUCCUUGUUUGAAAAUAGUCUACCUUCAAGCCAAUGAAAUUUCCAAAAUAGAAAACGUACGUCGCUUUAAGUAUUUGGAAUAUCUCAAUUUGGCGUUAAACAAAAUCGAGAUCGUUGAGAAUCUGGAAGGAUGCGAGUCACUCGAGAAACUAGAUCUUACACUCAACUGUAUCCGCAAACUGAGCAGUUUGACUUCUCUUACCAACAACUAUGCCCUACGGGAAAUAUACCUGACCGGUAACCCAUGUGCUGCUUUCAAAUUUUAUCGUUUAUAUGUCAUCGGCAUCUUGCCCCAAUUGGAAUGUUUAGACGGAGUACCUGUUUUGUAUACUGAACGGCUAGCGGCAAAAGCUGAUUUCGAUUACAUAGAAUCAGAAAUUUUGGAGCAAGAAUCUAUAAAAACUUACAACCCGCCAAUUGAGCGAGCCUCUGAAAUCCGCCGUCAGCUACGAGGUGAGAGAGAUGGUCAGACUACAGCAAUUUCUACAUCUUCGAAACCGGAGAAAAACCGACUCAUUUCCAAAAACGGUCGUGUUUUGAAUUCUAAUCAAGCAGAGGCCCGUUUUACAUUAGUAGAAGAAGACGAUGCUAUUAUUUUAACUGUAAAACUCCCAAAAUACAUGGAUACCUCUCUAAUAGAUGUGGACGUUCAACCUACCUUUGUCCGAGUCGUGAUCAAGGGCAAACUUUUACAGCUGGUCCUUUCUGCGGAGGUACAGAGUGACAGGUCCGUGGCGCAGCGUUCUCUUGCUAGCGGUGAUCUAGUCGUUACUAUGCCAACGGCUGACGGCGUUGUCAAACCAAGAGAUUUGACUAGCGAAGCAGCCAAGGUUCCACCGUUAGAACCAAUUCCUUAAUCAAAAGGUAAUAGAGAAGAUUUGGUUUACUUCAUUUCAUCUCUUCGUUUACACCCUUCAUCAUUCCCAUUUUAAAAAGACUUGAAUAUAACAAGUAUGACUACUAAUUUCGAUCGCAGUAAAGGGGGAAAAAACAAAUUUGCAAUCAAAAUAAUGUCCAAAACGUUAGAAAAACUGCGGUAGGUAGUAACGUGCAAGGGCAAGAACAGGGGCAGAUGACGGGAUUCCAGGGAAUGGUCCUGAGGCUGCAGCAAUGUCCAGAUGCGAAAAUGGAAGAGGCACAGCUCCAUCGAUGCCAUGCUUUUGAAUUAAAUAAAGAUUUGCAAUCACCAUAUAAACAAUAAAUUUCGAAACUCUUACCUUGUUUAGUCCUGAUGCCAGGAUGAUGAACGCAGCUGGAGCUUGGUGGCCACGUGGAGUGCGGGAUGACGGCAAGUUGUUGCAUUGCAAGACAUCCUCAUACUCGGAUUUACCUAUCACGGAAGAGUAGGUUAAAGCAGUGUAACACAGUAAACGCCAAUAUAUACUAUUUACCCUUA